GUAUAUGAGCCUAUCAAACUGUUACAACACAAUAAGUACGAACGCAUAGUCAGCAAGCCGGCCAAGCCCUGCGAUUUGGCCUAUUGCCUUUGACCUCAGUCAAUUCGUUGCGCCAGCUAUUUGAAUUCUAUGUAUUCUCGCAUAUUCAUUACAAGCCGGUGCGGGGCUUACGGGGCCUGCCGCACAUAGCACCGACCUAGCACAUACUAGCCUUUUUUGCCUAAUUUCAUGGCAGUACCAAUAAAUUUAUAGGACGGUGUCAACAAAAAGGUAUACCGUAUUCUACAAACAGCGGCAUGGAUUUUGACGACGGUUGGGAUGCGGACUGGGAGCCGCUUGUAGCUCAGCCUGCAAAGCACCAGCCAGCCCCAAGUGGUUUUAGUGAUAGCAGUCGCGCAGCUCCCAACAUACGGCCAACGGUAUCCUCCGGCAGACAACCGGUCAAAAUGCCUGCAAUUGCCUCGGGCAUGCGUGGCCGGCGCCACCCUGCUGCAGGCCUUCCUGCGGCCCCGGUCGUCCAGGCUCAAACAGCCAAUUUCAGGUCCCUUCUCGCUCAAGCAUGUGCGCAACUGCCUUCGCAGCCCAACCCACAUCAACAGCCCAAGCAGCAGCCCCCGCAACAACUGCUGCCUUGCCACCGCACCAUGCUAAACUACGCCAUCGACGUUUUCUUCUCGCACCUCGCCCCGUGGACGCAGCAACCUCAUCCUAUUUCUCUUUCGCAAGGACAGCAGUCUGACCCAGAUCGCCACGUCAAGACAAUGCACGGCGGCGGCGAACAGCCCACUGCAGCAGCACCCACAUCCGCUGCUGCUCUUUCCUCGGACGCAUUGGAGCAGCUGGAGUCCAUCUUGUUUGCGUUGCAGAGCUCCCUGGGGGAUUCUAACCAGCAACAUGUGACGCGGAGAGACAGGGAAGACCUGUGGCGGCUCUGCAGCGCUUGCUGGGAGGCAUCCAGUACGGCGGCUCGCGCUGUCGGCUCCACCCCGGGUGCUGCGGAGCAAUCCCGAGUGCUGCAGAGCCUGGGCGGGAAGCUGUACGAUCUGGCCAAUAAGCAGCCCCCGCUAGCUGCGCCGGAUGGCAGGGCGGCGGCGGGAGCGAGUGGAGGUGGCGGCUGUGGCGGCGAGGGCGGCUGCUUAGGCGGCCCAGAGCUCUUCGCCAGGGUCAAGUUCUUCCACCGAAUGGGUCGCAUGUGGCUGGCCAUGGGCCACCUGCAGCAGGCUGGCUGGUACCUGGCUCGGGCGCGGGAGGGACUGGGGCAGCUGCAGGCGGAGGAGGAGGAAGCGAACCAGGGGGCCAACCCGCCGCCGCCACCUCAGCAGCAGCAGCGGAGGUCCACGACCCAAAUGGGCAAACGGCCAGGCCGACCCACAUCGGCUUCAACACUGUUUAUGGAUGGGGACGAGGGGGCGGGUGAGGCGAAAGACGAGUUUGGCUUGGGGCUGCUGGGGCUGGGCAUGCGGAAUCGUGCCAAGCAGGCGAUGGGUGAGGAGGAGGCGGAGGAGGUAGCAGAGGGCGGCGGUGGCCGCGAGGACGAUGAAGGACAUGGGGAGGACGUUGCCGGCGGUAGGGAUGCUGCUGCUGCUGUUGCUGGUGGCAAGGGCGUGGGGGACGCGGGGCGGACGCACCAUGCUGCAAGCGGUCCUUGGUUGGG